AGGUUGGGGACGUUACAGUUUAUGUGUGCAGCAUUGAGGACGUUUCUAACAUCGUAUGUAGAGACACAAGACAUCAAGAGACAGAAGACUGCCUGAAACCAGAGGAGACACAAGAUCAUGGACAUCUAUUUGAGGAAAAUUGUGUGUGUUCUAUGUGCUCUGCUCUUUAAUGCUAGAGGUUCACUCUCCCAGCUAGAUGUGUGUGGUCGGCCUCCACUGAACACCAAGAUUGUGGGUGGUGAAAAUGCUGCUCCCGGGUCCUGGCCUUGGCAGAUCAGCUUUCAGACAAGUGGCAGCCAUUUCUGUGGUGGCAGCCUGAUCAAUCAGAACUGGGUCUUAUCAGCGGCUCACUGUUUCCAAAGCUUUGCUGCAGAUUCUAUCACAAUCUUACUAGGAAUGCAAAGUCUGGAGGGGACUAAUGCUAAUUUGCAGGAAAGAAGCACUAGUAACAUUAUCAUCCACCAAGGGUAUGACCAAACCACCAAGGACAAUGACAUAGCGCUUGUCCAGCUCUCCUCUUCUGUGACAUUCAAUGAUUAUGUCAUGCCGGUGUGCCUCGCAGCAAGCAGCAGUUCUUUUCCCGGUGGUACUAAUGUCUGGGUCACAGGAUGGGGUAGAAUUGGUUCUAGCGUGGAUUUGCCGUCCCCUGGAACUCUGCAGGAGGUGGAGGUGCCGAUUGUCAGUAACAGUUACUGUGCAAACAGAUAUGGAACUGGUUCUAUCACAAACAAUAUGAUGUGUGCUGGCUUUUCUCAGGGAGGAAAAGACUCAUGCCAGGGGGAUUCUGGAGGUCCACUGGUAGUCAAGGUCAAUGGAACAUGGGUUCAGGCUGGGAUUGUGAGCUUUGGUAAUGGUUGUGCUUUACCUAAUUUCCCCGGUGUGUACACCAGAGUGUCUCAGUACCAAGACUGGAUUAACAGCAAGAUCAGCAGCAAUCAACCAGGAUUUGUUAAAGUCACAAAUAGUGGCAAUAGUAGCAAUAGUGGCUUCCCCAACCUCUUGUGUCUGAUCCUUUCUUUCUACAUUAUCCCCUUUCUCCUCUGCAACUUCUACUCUUCAGAAAAUGUGGUCAGGCAUUUUGGGGACAAGUUGACGGAUUUUGAACUGAAAGAGAUCAGGGAAUACUCUGAGCUCUGGUACCUGGGCAAGGCUGAAUCGAAUGGCAACAACAUACAUGUUUCCCCUGAUCAUAUAGCUUACCACUAUGAGGUGUUGGAACUGCUUGGAAAAGGAUCCUUUGGACUGGUUUCUAAGUGUCUGGAUCACAAGACCAAUGAGAUGGUGGCUGUUAAAAUCAUUCAAGACAUGAGAACUUACAGGGAAGAGGUAGAAAUCCUCAAUAGUUUGAGGAAGAAAGACAGAAAUGACAGUUGCAACAUCGUCUUUAUGAAGACCCACUUUUACCUCCGCGGACGUCUUUGUAUCGUCUAUGAGCUCCGUGGGAGACACAAGAUCAUGGACAUCUAUUUGAGGAAAAUUGUGUGUGUUCUAUGUGCUCUGCUCCUUAAUGCUAGAGGCUCACUCUCCCAGCUAGAUGUGUGUGGUCGGCCUCCACUGAACACCAAGAUUGUGGGUGGUGAAAAUGCUGCUCCCGGGUCCUGGCCUUGGCAGAUCAGCUUCCAGACAAGUGGCAGCCAUUUCUGUGGUGGCAGCCUGAUCAAUCAGAACUGGGUCUUAUCAGCUGCUCACUGUUUCCAAAGCUUUGCUGCAGAUUCUAUCACAAUCUUACUAGGAAUGCAAAGUCUGGAGGGGACUAAUGUUAAUUUGCAGGAAAGAAGCACUAGUAACAUUAUCAUCCACCAAGGGUAUGACCAAAACACCAAUGACAAUGACAUUGCGCUGGUCCAGCUCUCCUCUUCUGUGACAUUCAAUGAUUAUGUCAUGCCGGUGUGCCUCGCAGCAAGCAGCAGUUCUUUUCCCGGUGGUACUAAUGUCUGGGUCACAGGAUGGGGUAGAAUUGGUUCUAGCGUGAAUUUGCCGUCCCCUGGAACUCUGCAGGAGGUGGAGGUGCCGAUUGUCAGUAACAGUGACUGUGCAAACGGAUAUGGAACUGGUUCUAUCACAAACAAUAUGAUGUGUGCUGGCUUUUCUCAGGGAGGAAAAGACUCAUGCCAGGGGGAUUCUGGAGGUCCACUGGUAGUCAAGGUCAAUGGAACAUGGGUUCAGGCUGGGAUUGUGAGCUUUGGUAAUGGUUGCGCUUUACCUAAUUUCCCCGGUGUGUACACCAGAGUGUCUCAGUACCAAGACUGGAUUAACAGCAUGAUCAGCAGCAAUCAAGCAGGAUUUGUUAAAGUCACAAAUAGUGGCAAUAGUAGCAAUAGUGGCUUCCCCAACCUCUUGUGUCUGAUCCUUUCUUUCUCCAUUAUCCCCUUUCUCCUCUGCAACUUCUAGUGAUAUCAGUCAAAUUAAACAUCCAAGCGAAACAGAAGGAGCUAAUAUUACUGUAUUUUGUCAAUGCCUUACAAAGAUCCACUCAACUUAACUUUCUACAAAAUAAAAAAAAUCUACAAAACUACAUUUUAAAAAUGCAGUUUAACUGCAUGUGUAACAAAGACACAAAACACCUGUCACGAGUUCCCCUUUAAGCAGUGUGCUGUGGAGCAUGUGAGCGCGCAUGCACGAGCAGGUGCGCGAGCACCUGCUUUUCCCUUGUUGACAAUCGUGACAUUUCGACACGUGCAUCUGUUAUGUUUUGUUAGGUCUCCUCCCUGUUCCGUCAUUGGCUAUGGUGUCACGUGUGUCUGUAUUGCCCUCAGCCGUCAGCCAUUACAAGGCUGAUUAUGUUUGUAUAUAUACCGCUCGCCUCCCAGCACACGGUGCGGAAUAUUAGAUUAGAGUAAAUAUAGAUAGUCAUGGUCAUGGUCAUGGUCAUGGUCAUAGUCAUAGUCAUAGUCAUAGUCAUAGUCAUAGUCAUGCUUCGUUUGUUUAGUUCACGCUGGUUUCUCCGCUCCCAGUUCAUAGUCAUAGCUUAUGUUUCAUGUUUUGUAUCUUGACCCUGUUUUCUGUGACCACGACCUUGAUUCCUGACUAGCCCUGUGUAAGCCUCAUUGCCGAUUGCCUGACCUCUUGCAUGUUUAUGGAUUACGUUUUUUGGAUCACGUUUUGGAUUUUCCUGCUUGUGUCUCUCUACAAUAAAACUGUUUAACCUGCGAUUGCAUCCGUCAUAUCUCCGUUACGUCACGAAACGUGACAACACCAUCUGACUCGUCUGAUCAUUAGUUAGUCUGCAUCCUUGCUGAGGAACCCUUGCUUGUUUCUCCAGUCUGGUGCUCUCUUGCAACCGCUGUCUGCAUUGCUUUCUUCACUGUCCGAAUCAAAGCUCACCACAGGUUUAGUUAAAAUUGUUCUGAAUGACAUGGGAAAGUGGAAGAUCAUCCAGAGAUCUUUGAAUGAUGCUUUCCCACACUCCUGGUAACAAAUGGCUUUUUUUUGUUGUUUUUUUUAAAUCAUCCCUUUAUUGAGGUGUUACAGUUAUUACUUUUCUCAGCCACUGUACUUGAACAAUUCAAAUAGCCUUAUGAAAGCCACUGUAAUAGAGUUCAUAAUGCAAAGCUUUAUGUAACAGAACAAUCAAGCCUAAUGUGAUAAUAUUGUAAAACAAUAUUGUGCCAAGGAGGAGGGAGGGGCCAGGCUGUGAGGAUGCAUGUCGUUAUCUAAUCAGUGUGAGAGAGUGAUAAAGAGCAUCUGGAAGUGCCAAAGGGAAAGAGAGAGACACAUGUGUGCUUUGUGUUUGAGUUAUGUUUGUGUGGUUUAUGUUCUGUUUGAGAUCUUUUUAUUAUUAAACUUUAUGUUGAUGUUCA